AUGGAGAUCCUAGGAGACGAACCUCAAAAUCAAGAGUUCUUCGGCGUCUCGAGUGCUGCAAGUUUCAUGAAUCAACUGAAAAAGGCUGUCGAUAGGCAGGUCGAAUAUCCACAGGCAACGCGCUCAUUGAAUUCGGUUACGACUCAAGUCCAAGUGCCGAUGCUCCUGUCUCAACGGAGAUCGAUAAAUCGGCCAAUAGAUUAUGUUCUGCCCCCGCGAGAGGAGGCGGACGAACUACUUGCGACGUAUUGGCGGGUUGUUCAUCCGUUGUAUCCCUUCCUUGACGAAGCUUCUAUGAGUUCCGCGUAUCAUAAUGUGUGGAGCGAAGAACGUCAGAGUUGUGGUGAGCCUACGUUCUUGUGCUUACUGAACCUUAUAUUCGCUUUGUCUUGCACGAUAGUGGACUCUGUAAAUGCCGAAAAGCGAUCAGCAUCUGCAGACAUCUUCUUCGGCCGAGCGAGGGACCUGCUCAGUUUUGAUUUGCUCCGUCAUCCGUCACUCCUUACUGUCCAGUGUUUCCUCGUACUUGGUCAAUACCUUCAAAGCACCAACGAUCCUCAACAGUGCUGGAUUCAGGUCGGCCUUGCAAUCCGAGUAGCCCAAAGCCUUGGCCUGCAUCUACCUACCACAAGUUCUCAAGCGGAGACGGGUCAGCAUAGAGAGCUCCUCCGCCUUGUCUGGCAUGGCUGUGUCCUCAUGGACAGGGCUCUCUCGAUGACAUUCGGUAGACCGGCGAUGAUUACUUCACAAGCGGCUGCCACUGUACCCAGACCUGUAACUCCCAAUGAGCUUCCCGAACAACCUGACCCACUUGGGCGGAUCUCAGCUGGGAGCGGGCCUCUUUCGGACUUGAAUUUCUUCAUCCAGACUCUUCAGCUUUACGAAAUCUUGAACGAGAUAUUACUCGACCUGUAUACUCCCGCUUCAUCAGGACCGUCAGAAGACGCCUAUGAAUUCUACUUCGGCACGAUUAGUGUGGGGAAAGGCAACUCGAUCUUUGAGCUGGAGAGGAAGCUACUGCGGUGGAACCAGGACCUACCGAUACAUCUACGAUACGAACCUGACAGCAACAAGCACGAAAUACACAUCCGACAAGCAAAUAUAUUGCGAUUGCGAUAUCUGCACAUCCGGAUGCUACUCUUCAGGCCUACCUUGUCGCUGUUUUGCACGCAUAACCAGGACGAUCCCAUGGCACGAGAGGACUCUAUGCCUCGGCGACUUGCGCUCCAGUGCUCGAUCAUGUGUAUCAAGGCCGCGCUGGAGGUGGUCAACCUCGUACGGUCAAACAUGUCGUCCACGUUGGUAUACUACAAUCGUCUCCCUGCUUGGUGGUAUUGCAUCUUUUACGUCUACACGGCGGCGACUGUUCUGGUCGCCGCUCGACUUCGUCCGGAAAUCGCUGCUGACAUAGCCGAUGCGGAACUUGUCAGCCAUCUGCAGACAGCAAUUGGCCUCUUGGAACAUUUCAAAAUCUUCAGCCAGAACGCCCAAAGAUGUGCUACUGCACUGACGAUCUUGUCCGAAAAGGUCGAACGACAGAGGGCAUCCCAGACAACUGCACGUGCGGACGCAGCAAUGGAGUCACAUUCUUUGGGGACGAUUCCCUUGGAGGACAUCAACACUUCAGCACCAGAUCACAAUGUUGUAGCCAUGGGGUUUACUCAAUCAUCUGCCCCGGAGGUCGAUCUCAAUGCGGUCCCACUCCUUGGCCUGGGAUCGCAUCAUCAUCCCGUAGCAGACAUGUUCGACGAUGUGGACUUCAGUUUCGAUAUCAGCGAUAUGUCAUGGCUUAACAGCGUGCCUUCUCAUCUCUACGAUACCUAG